AUGAUUACGAUUGUAACACUGCAUUUUGAAUAUGUUCAUGUAUUUUCAACUACCACAAGUACUGGUCCAACCUAUUAUUGCAAUUGCAAAAUAUUUUCUGUAUCUCAAACCUGUGUUGAAGCUCCAGAAAGAUUUGAUGUUAGGUGGCUGGGUGUUUCUUGUUUACAUGUGCGAUUGCUUGCCAGUGUUGUUUCACUUCUCCCAUCUUCUGAUCAUAUUCCAGAGCCUGUGAGUGCUGAUUGCUCAGAAACAGUUGUUGAGGAACUUCCUGCUAAAUUAAAUGUUCGCAAAUUCUCGAUCACCCAUGAAGAUUCUGCUGCAAUUGUAUCUCUUUUCAAAGUGUCUGGAACAAAUAGAAAAGUUGUUCAAUGCAAAAAUUCGUUAUGUGUUAUUGACAAAGGAUCAAAAAGGUCAAUCAAAAACAUAACCACUGCUUUUGACUUAUGUCCUCAUUUGGUGUCAUUUCGAGACUUCUAUUUGACCAAUAAUGAAUCUGAUGACGUUGAUGAUAUCAGUGAUGAAGAUAAACCUGACAAUAAAGUUAGACUACACGACUGUUACGUAAGUUACACAUUGUAUUUCCAAAGCGAAGGUCGCUGGUUCAAAUCCAGCUCUUCUGAAAUGAAGAUAGCUCAGUGGUUAGAGCGUCGCUUACCAUUUUGGAAAGAUGUAAUCAAUGAGGCAACUGGUUUGUGGCAAUUUAAUCUUAAAUGUCCCAGCAAGUGUGUCGUAGAUGGCGAUCCUUUUUCUACAAGAUUGCAAGAUAAUCUAAAAUUAAGAGAUAAUUGGAGUGAGGAAAACGAAGACAUCGAUUUUGUACCUGAUAUGAAUGGAACAUGCCCAUGUGAGGCUGGUUGGUUUUCAGAUGAAUUCCCACAAGGAAUUAUUGGAAAGUCAACGGAGUCUAAAUUGUAUUUGGACAGGAAAGUGGUGAAGUGCAACGUUUUCAUGCGUUUGUGCUUGCAGAAUUGUUGUGAACGUAAAUGGGAUGGAUGGAAUGAAUCCAUAUUCAGGCUUUCAUCAGCUACUUGUGCGGGUUAUGAAAUAGGCUGGGAUUUUGUUGAUGCAGUAAAAACAAGUGGUCAAACGUUUAGCGGUUUCGUGACGGUUAUGAAUAACAGUUACAGGAGAAGGAAUCACGGUGCCCAAAAGUUUAUGUCAGUUCCAGUUUUUAUUGAUUGGUUCUUCGCAUGGAUUUCAGCUAUGCAAAUUGAAUUUCGUCAGCAAUGUAGGUUGUGUGGAGGCGAAAGUAAAAUAUUAGCCUGUGACGGUACAAAGUUAGGAGUGGGUUUUAAAAAUACUUUCGUUGAUCCCAUCGAAAAUGCUGAGGGUGGGGAAAUUUUGGAGACAACAUUAAAACGGCUUAAUCGUUGCUUUAUAUUUAAUACCCCCGACCAUGAUUCUCGUGAUUUCAGUCAGGCGAGAAAUUUGUUAAAGGAGCAGUGCCAAAAGAUUAUUGAUUGCGACCUUGGUGUGGUUGAGACAGGCAUUACAGAAUUUAUAACUGAGUAUGCUCGACCUGCAUAUCAAAAAAUGAUUUCUACCAAUUCGGAUAGCAAAGAACGGUAUGCAUUGGCCAAGUUCUUUCUUUUACUUUCAUCCGACGCUUCAGUAGACACUGUGUUGCCAUUUCGUUUUUGUCAAGACGUGUUAGAUUUUGUUCAAAAGAUUACCGAUGAAGAAUUAACAACCGCCGACCUACGAUUAUUUUUGUACGAACUGAGGUUUUAUGCUCCUGAGUUAUCUUCCUUGUUAUUCGCAUCCUCUAUAUCGUCAUCGACUGAACUUCCAAGCAACGAUGUUAUAUUGUUACUUAGAUACCUGGUGGCAUUUAUAAAAAAUGUACAUUAUCAUGAUGAACCACCGGAAGAUCCAGUACCUAUACCGAAAACUUACAACCCUGCUAAAUAUGGACGCGCAUAUUACUUUAAUACACAUGGUUGUCAAGUUCGUAAAAUGCGACAGUUCACUAUUGACACAAAAGAACGUAUCCAUGCCAAUUUUGAUGACCCACCAGACAACGCAUGUGAGAAACGCUUUCCAACAGUUUCGAAAAAAGGAACAACCUACGUAUUUCUUUGGUUUUGUCCUUUACAUGGACAUUGCUACGGCUUCCAUACAAUUCCUGGAAGGGAAGGACGAAAGGACCCUACCGCGUCGCUAUUAACCCAUAUCAACAGCGCUCCUGACGACAUUUUUUACGAUUUUGCAUGCAGUCUUUCGGAAUAUUGCAAAAAUCGAGAAUCUGGAUUUUUUGCAAAAACAAGGUUUUUCCACGACGUAUUUCAUGGUUAUACGCACAAAUGCACCAACGCUUUCAAGUACAACCGUCUUCUUGCUUCAAGUGCGAUAAAUUCUUCCAUUUGUGAGCAAUUUAAUAGUUAUAUUCAAAACAUAAAGUCCUCUUGUAAAUUGAUGUCCCAAACGCAUUUUGCGUUGUAUCUGCAAUUUUUUAUUUACUUGUGGAAUCAACACAAAGAUGAAUCACAUAAUAGAAAAUUGAACAUUGCGCUGUCUGGACGUGCUGAUGAUUGA